AUGAAUAGGUUGGACUUGGAGCUACAAGUGAUGGGACAAGUCGCGAUUACAUCGAACGGGCGCACAAAGAAAGCCGACCAGACAUACCGUCCCAAAGUCCUUCCGCAAACCCGUUCUGACCUCUGGCCUAGAGUGGUAAUCCUAGCCAAGUACUCUCAGCCAAGGACGAAGCUUGCGGACGACACUCGCUGGUGGCUGUUUGAAUCAGGUGGUGACGUGAAGACAGCUCUUAACAUUACUGUUCACCAAACGAAAAGAGAAGUCACUAUCGAAAAAUGGGAAUUAAUUUCACGGGAAACAAGACAGGAUGAAAACAAGAAGGUUGCUGAAAUAACUCAGCGGGCUGUCAUAUCCCAGAAGACAGUCAACGAUCCCAUUCGUGUGACAGGAUGCUCUCUGGCGCAAUCAUUCGAGCACCUUUUCCUUCGACCCGCCAAUCCUGGGGAAGGGGACAUUGUCCUGGACAAAUCGGAUAUGGAGACCAACGCUGAAUUAAUCUGGAACGUACAUUCCAAGGUUUAA